AUGGCAAUGGAGAAAUUAGCAUUGGACAAGUUUGAGGAGGCUACUUUGCUCUCUAGUGAGACCACAACGGUAAUUGUGGCCUGGGAUGACGUGACUGAUCGAUUAGAUGACUCUGAAAAUGGCCAUGCCCUCCUGGCAGCGCUGGGUGUUUCUCAGGCUGAGAUAGACACUGUGACCCGCAUCCUGCGCAAGGUGCAGAACCGGGCUCAUGACUACAAGAACGACCUGAAGGCUGAGCUUCAGACUGGUCGGCAAUCGCCGGAACCGCGCAGUUUUGCCAUAGAUGUCAUGUACCAGGAAGCUGAAGCUGCUCACCCAGGACCACGAGUAUUUGAAAGCGCUUUGCUGCCGGGCGAAGCGCUGGGCUCGGGCUUAUGUGACCCUAAGUGGGCCAAGGUUACCGUCCAGGGCGGAAAGUUUGCCAGAAUUGGGUGCACUUACUGUUGCUUGGCAGAGACAGGUGGCCCGUGGGCUGAGUUCUCCCACAAACCAUUGACUUUGAGGAAAUUCCAAUUCAAUAGACAUGAAGCGUCCGCUGUGCAUAAGAAGGCGGCUGAAGCGUUUCAAUGUUCAGAGAGAAUUGUUUUCGCCCCAGCGGCCAGUGAGUUCAACGACGCCUUGAAGAAAAUGGUGAAAGGCGGAAGUUGCAGGGACGGAGGCUGCAUGUCCGACAAACGGACGCAGAUGCGGUGGUGCCUGUCAGAGGCAACGCUGUCACUGAGCCGUGACAGGCUGCAAAGUGCCGAGGCAAUGUCAGUUAUGAGGGAUGAAAGAAAAGGCAGGCUCCUCCUCAGGUACCGAGCGACGCUGCCAGAUCUGUCCAUUCACAGUGGUGUGUUUGGAUUCAUCCCGACUCAGGGGUUUGCUGACUCGAUUGGCGAAGCAACUCGGAAAUCGAUCACUGAUUUCUGCACCCCCAAGCUUAACCCACCCAGGCAAUUCAAGCAAACCACCUGCCCAGUUGACCAAAAAUUGCUCCGAAAUGUUCAGGAGAAAACCCAGAUUUUGGCCACUGAUGCGGCAGGUCCUGAGUUGCUAGCUUCCCGCAUUUUGAGCGGGAAGAGACAAGCGGCAAGCGCCGGCUUUCAGGAUCCCUUCUUUAAACGGGUCCGAGUGAUUGGACGAGACGCGGCGCAUGCGUCCACUCGUUUGUUGAAGCGGCCAUUCGAGGCACAUCCUGAGAUUGAGAAGUUGCUGAACGAAUUUGUGACCGGGAAGGACAGUUUCGCGCAAAAGGUGCAAUAUUCCCCGUUGUAUCAGCAAUGGUGGAAGAAAAGCCUGGUUGAUGAGGCUGGAGGGAGCGAUCUGUCCGCGGCAAAGCACAGGUUUGCCAGCUAUAUGAACCCGCUGGCCAAAAUCAGCAAAAACAUGGGCGCCAUGAUGCAAGUGUGCCAUCAGAUCGCCACCGUCAGAUCUGAUGACUCCAGUGGGAGUGCAUGGGCGCACCGACUGAUUGAAAAUUUCUCGGGGAAGAAAGCAGUUGCCCGGGGACUGCUCGCCGAUGCUGCUUGUACCUGCCAUGACCUGACCCGGUGGCUCGACUCUGAAGACGUCGAUAUAUGCCAGGUGAACAGCCAGGUGCAAUGCUUUGUAGCAUCACUUCGGACCCUGUUUGGAGCCAAGAAGGUGUUGGAGCUGCCAACAUACACAAAGCACAUCGUGGAAGAGCUUACGCGUCGCCCCAUCACCAUUCUGCACGGCAGUCCUAGACAAGAAUGGGCUGUCGUAUCAGAGGCCGCUGUGGCCACUGAAUUCCCAAGCUGGGAUGUCAUCGCCAGCUUUGAUGCGUUUUGUCUGCAGGGCGCAGGUGAGUCUGCGCAAGACCGACCGGAAGCCAAGACCAGCCUGGCUAAACUUGCCCAAGUGUUCCAAGUGGACUUAGGAAAAUUGACACGACAAUUUAUUGCCUUCUUACCCAUGGCCAGCGCGAUUCAAAAGCAAGCUGGUCUGGACAACCUCGCAGCUUGGUCAGAAGCUUUGAUUCGAUCUCAAGGACGCAAGUUGAUGCGAGACAAGUAUCCCUGUGCUGAGCUGCGGAAGGUCAUUUGCGCUUAUUUAGCCAAGCUCCGGAGUAGAAAGCAAUGGGUUCGAGAUCGCAGAAGCGCAGUGCUGUCGGCAGCCAAUGACCUCCGCAGCAACCCAAGUGCAAACGCACACUGGUCAGCAGCAGCAUCAGUGAACAUGCCAGAGCCAUUGCAGAAAGAACUUGCCAAGCAAGAGUCUCAGGCUGUUAAACGAAAGGCCGAGGCCUACCUUGAUGGUUUGUUGCUGCCAACCGAAGCAGACGGCAAGGUUCUCUCGGCAGCAGCUGCCAAAUUGAAAACGGAUGCAGCAAACGAUGCGGCGCGGAGAAAGAAGUUUCAGGAGGUGACCACGGCCACCAAAUUGAAGACACAGAAACAGUCCAUUGCUUGGGCAAUGAAAUCCCUGCAGUCUCCAGUCUAUUUUGCCGGCGCCAGUCCUACAGAGGUUGCCAAAUGGACCAAGAAGCUGGCUGACCGUGGAAUCACCAACGUGACGCAGGACAUUUGA